AUGGGGGAAGCUACCUUAUUUGGCCAGGCUGUGACGCUUGUCAGCGUUCUCUUAGGCCUGUAUCUUUUCGGAAUCAUCACAGUGUAUGCUAAGCUGAUGCAAUUUAGCGGACCUUCGUGGACCGGCAUCUCAAAUUGGCCACAUAGCAUCGCGUUACUUCGGGAGAAUUGCCAUGAGUGGUAUGCCGAAGUCAACGAGAAACAUGGUCCUAUUGCCCGUGUCGCUCCUCAGGUACUGAUCACAUCCUCUCCCGAUGUUUGGAUGCAUGUAAACAACAAGCCUGGCUAUAAGCGCUCUAAUUGGUACUACCACGCCGCACGAAUCGAACAUCGCAAGGACAAUGUCUUCAGCCAGACAGAUAAUGCAAAGCAUGAGCAGCGGAGGAAGCAGAUGGCUCCAGGGUCAUACUGGCCUAGACAGCUGACCUUGGAUAUUACAAAGUAUUCGGGACGAGAAAACGACCAGCUUGAGAGGGCUGUGGACGAACAAGUCCACAAUCUUUUGAACCUCAUUCGGUCCAAAUACGUCUCGUCAGACCACUGUAUCGUGCCUAUGGAUCUAGCGAAGAAGGUCCAGUAUUUUACACUCGACGUCAUUAGCAGCGUCGGUCUUGGUAAGGCGUUCGGUAUGCUACAAAAUGACCAAGAUGUGGACCACUAUCUCCAAUCGAGCGAAGAGGGACUUGCUAUUGCAAAUACCGCCCUUGCCUUGGGCUUGAGCUGGAUCACUCAGGCGCCCUUCAUCGGCAGAUUCAUUGCACCUUCACCUAAAGAUAACAACGGCUUCGGCAAGAUGAUGGACGCAUGCUUCCGGCUUGUCGACGCGCGCGCCGCGAGCUCCACCCAUGAAAAGUCCGAUAUGUUAGCUUCAUUCAUGCGUCACGGCCUAGCAGGUGACGAACUGCGGACGGAAGCAUUAGAGCAGAUCCUUGCGGGCUCCGACACCACUGCUGGCGGCAUCCGCGGUACCCUCCUGCACAUAAUAACAAAUCCCCGCGUCUACUUGAAGCUACAACGCGAGAUUGACGAUGCCGUGAGCCGCGGUAAUGCUCCGGGCAUGGGUGAAGGUCUUGUUACCGCCGCCCAGACCAAACUCCUUCCGUAUCUUCAAGCCGUUAUCCGCGAGGCUCUGCGAGUCUGGCCACCUGUUGUGAACAUUUUCUCGCGCGAUGUCCCAGCAGGUGGCGAUACUGUUUCCGUCGAUGGCGAGAGUGUGUUCCUACCAGGCGGCGUCUGCAUCGGUUACUCGGCGUAUGCUAUGCACCGUAGCGAGAAGAUCUAUGGUAAGGACGCAAAGGCUUUCCGACCAGAGCGGUGGCUCGAGUCGAAUCCUGAUAAGUUGGCUGUCAUGACUCGGACCAACGACCUUAUAUUCGGUUACGGCAAGUUCCAGUGCUUAGGGAAGCCAGUGGCUCAAAUUGAGAUCGGAAAGACGGUAUUUGAGCUCUUGCGUAAUUUUGACAUAGCGCUCAUCAAUCCGAUGCAUCCCUGGGAUGUGCGGAACUCUCUUGGACUUUUCUCGAUCUCGAAUAUGUGGGUACAAGUGAUGGAGCGAACACCUUAUUCAUCUUAA